GCCUUGCACUGUCUUUACUGCCGCGCGACGCAGCCACGGCCAGCCUCAUCGACAUUGGUUGCGGGUCCGGCCUCUCGACCGCCCACUUGCCGGCGCACGCCGUCGGCAUUGACAUGAGUCUCUCGAUGUUGCAGAUCGCGACGCGUAGCACGGCUUCGUCCUUUGUCUGCGGCGCCGCCAUGGACCUGCCGUUCCGAGACAGGAUGUUUGAUCACGCGAUUAGCAUCUCGAUGCUGCAGUGGCUCUCGGAGAAGCAACUGCAGCGCUUCUUCCAGGAGCUUUCCCGCGUCCUCCACCCGCAUGGCACGGCGGUGUUUCAAGUGUACCCGCUGGACGAGGCGCAUGCGCGUGAGAUGGUGCGAGCGGCCAGAGCAACGCAGAAGCGCGCAACAUUUGUCGCCGACUUUCCGCAUCAGAACAGCGCGCUCAAGUGGUUUCUCUGCGUCGAGCCUGGUACUACCAAUAGCACCGAAGGCAAAAGCAACGACGAAAUGUGCCCGCUCGCCCGGCGCAUGCACGGCACGUGCGCCUACCGCUUUCGCAGCGCGCGCCACCUGGACGCGGGCCGCCUCGUCCACGAGCACGUACAGUACGCGUGGCAUGCGUACCGCAAGGUGACGCGGGCUCGAGUGCUCGCUGCGUCGACGCCGUCGACCAAGCACUUGAACGAGCGCCGCAUCUUCCCCAACGAAGAGGCCCUCGUGGAUGCACUCGUGGCGGCGCACGGCCCGAGACUGUCGCUCGAUGUACUCAAAAGCGCGAGUGAUGAGGUCAUUUGCUUGAUGCACGCCACAUACACGGCCGCCGAAGCAGCGAGUCCUACCCAGGAAGCGUCCGACUAGAGUUGUAGUGGUAGAGUAGUAUAAAUGAUCUCGACGAGGUUGACGCCGACUAGACGUCAUGAGAGUGUCUUCUCAGC